AUUUUUUUUUGUCCCUUCCGAUCUCACCCCUCCCCUUCUCAUGAGUCCAUGACCGGUGGCGAGUCUCGUGACCCACAGUGGUUUUCUAUUGUUUCCUUUCUGCCCAAUAAAUUAAUGGCACCCGUGAUUUAAUAAUAGUCAACGCUGCGGAUUCCUUUCAAGUCGAUUAGAACUCAACGGAAGGCCGGAGACAUCCACCUCAAUUGAUCCCGGUUGGGUGUCGAAAUGAGAUUGAUCGAUUGAUGGCAGCAUCCCUACGUCUCCGGCUGCUAUCUGCGGAGGAUUCUAAGUCCAGUGUGACUGCGAUCUGGUUCAGGAAUCACAGCCUUUUCAAUCUCGCUCUGAGGCAAAGAAACUGAGACUGGUCUGGAUGCCUUGGAUGAGAUAGUGCAUGCACGCAGAAUAUUCUUUAUUGCGGACAUGGUAGACAUGAGGAGUGCAUCAAGUGUGACCAUAAUUUUUUCAUUUCUGUUGACCUUUGCCAUUGUGGGGAGGGGAUUGGUUGAGAUUUUCUGAUACAUUCAUUUCAGCAAUCUAUUUCUUCCAGUAGAUUACAUCAAAUGGAGCAUGCUGACUCUGCCCAGAGUCUUUUAAGUAGGGGAGGUUCUGAAAUGGAAAGCAGUUUUCUGGAGUCGGGUCUCUAUAUCACAUCUUUAGCUGCUACAAUUUUUAUUGCUGCACUUUUCACAGUUGGGCUUUUAUUCAUUACAUUGCUGAUUGCAUUAGCGUUCAUGUUGCAAUCCUGUCAAAGUAGGAGUUCUGGAGUUAUUGAGCUUCUGCAAACAAGUGAUGACUAUGGUUAUUGCAAGGUUUUUACUCUACAUGCAGAGCUUAAUGCAUUGGAAGCUGAUGAAUUUCCAAAAGUUUGCAAGACACUUGCCAUUCAGUAUGUCAAAGAAGGUCAAUAUCUAAGAGAUUUGAACUUAAGCAUGUCAGUGGCAGAGAGCUACUUGAGCAGUUUAGCACCAGAAAAUGAUGGUUUGGAUGUUGUAUUGAUCGAUUUGGACGAUUUCUUUCUCUCAAAUCCCCAUAAUCAUCAACUGCACAACCGACUUGGUCAGCAUGACAUGAAUGAAUGGGCUGAAGAGGCAAAGCAUUUAAAGCACAUGCUUGUUCUAGGAUUGUACAAGAAGCUUCAAACACGACGUUGGUCUUUGAUUCUUAUCACCAGGAAACCUGAGGAACAGCGGAAUGCUGUCCAAGAGAGUCUCAUUGUUGCAGGAUAUGGGGGUUGGUCUUCCUUGAUUAUGAGAUCAGAUAGUGAAAUGCAAAUGGCGAGCUGGGAAUACUUCUCCAGGAAAAGGGAACAUCUGCAAAACCAGAGCUUUCGUAUCAGAAGUGUGAUUAGCAGUCAGCUAGAUGCUUUAACUGGACCAUGCUUAGGAAAGCGUAAUUUCAAGCUUGCAAACCCUAUUUAUUACAGGUUAAAGGAUCAGACUCGAGAGCAUCCAACGGCAAAGAUAGUAUAAUGUCCAUAUUUACAUUGUCCAUGAUCUGUCUCCUGUAAAUACUAAAGAUUUUUUUUUCUUGGCUACAAAAUAGAACCUUUCAAGAAGAAUCCUGGUGGGUACUCAUUAUUCCCUAUUCCAUUCCAAAACACCUCUGAAUUCGGCCAAUUCAUGGCCAAUAGUGUUGUCUUUAUAUGUACAUAUAUCCUUGAACAUGAGAGCUAAGCAAAGAAGAUUCAUUGAAAAUUUGAUUGAA